UAUCCCCCAACAGUCCAACCCCUGCCACAGUAUAACUGCAUUAAUGCUAUGCAUUGAGUGUAUUGUAAUAAAUGUCAUAAAUUUGUUGUCAUUUAAUGUUUUGAUGUUUUUUUGACACAUUGUUUGAUAUUUGAAGACAUUUAGUAAUAAUUUAGUGGACACUUGACAUUAAAUUUAUUGACCAAUUGGUUGCAAACCAUUAAUUGGUUGAUACAAUCAAUCAAUUGUCAUCAAAAAUGUCUGAAUUCAAUUGCAGUGUAGACGUGCCGCUGGCCAUCACUGAAGACUUCGGUGACUUCCAGUGUUCAGAAGAUAUCGACAAUUCAAAUACAGUGAGCAAUAAUCCAACGGAACAGUUGGACAAUAAGGCUUUCGUUGAGACUAACGGCUCAACUUUGACGGACAACAGUUUUUCGGAAAGUCUUGAAGAUCUGGUCAAUACAUUUGAUGAGAAGAUUACAAAUUGUUUUCGCAAUUAUGACGAAAAUGUGUCAAAUUUAGCGCCCGUUCAGGUCAGGAGUCAAGAAGACAUCAUGAAUGAGUCACAGAUGUGGUGGACAUUGACCGGCAAUUUUGGUAAUAUUUUACCGAUUGAUUGGAACAAAACAUACGCCCGAAAACUACAUUUACCAACGCUUAACAUAAAUGAGUCGCUAAAUGGAGGCCGCAAUCUGUCAAAUAAUAUCAAUGAACUCUUUGAUCCCAAUUGUGAUGAAGAAGAGUUGGCCAAAGAUUUGGAUAUGCAUUCACUUAUAUUGUCGAGUCUACAACAGGAACCCAUUUUUACAGCCGAACAAGUCCUCGAAGAGAUCGAUGAGAUAAUGAUGAGUGAGUCGACAUCGAGUGUGACCACUUCAGAGACCAACUCAUCAGACAAGUCACCGACCAGUUGUGAUGAGCGCAAAGAGAGACAGUCGAUGGCAGCCUUGCUUUACGAGGAAAAACUAAAGACAUACUCAACGGUUCAGUUGAAUGAGCUUUAUAUGGAUUUGGAGCGUAUGAUUCAACACAACUCCGAGACAUUGAUUCACGAGUUGGCACUCAGGGAUGAACUCGAGUUUGAAAAAGAACUCAAGAAUAGCUUUAUAUCUGUAUUAUUGAGUGUUCAGAAUAAGCGCCGACAACACCAUUUGGACCGCAAACGAGGCCGUACUGCCGAACCUAAAUACCUGACCACUGUUAUACCAUAUAAUACUGGUAGUGGACCACCAACUGUAGCCACACUCCAAAUGCUCAUCAAAAUAUUGCGUGCUAUUAAUGAGGACAGUCCAACCGUACCAACACUAUUAACCGAUUAUAUACUUAAAGUGAUUUGUCCCACCACUUGAAUUAUAAGGACUCACCCUAUUUUGAAACACAUUGUCACACAUUAUUUACUUAUAAGUUAUAAACCAUUUAGAGAUUAAUUAAUAUACAGUACACUACAGUAUAAUACUGUAUAUUUAAAAAAAUAUUUCUUUUUAUGGGUUGUAUAAUAUUUAAUGAAUUUUUAAAUUGGAGUAACAAUUUGAAUGAAAUUAUAUUUGGAUUCAAUUUACCGGUAUAUUAAUGUACGGUAUUUAGUGAUAAUUCAAUUUUGUUUUU